AUGCUCGCGUGGCUUCCUGCGGCUGUGUUGGUCAUCUUGCUGGGUCAAUGGGAGAGGAGGGGUGCUGUGGCUCAGUUCACGACGGCCUGUCUGACCGGCAACACGAGAGAGACCGACGACGGACGGCCGACCGAAACAAACGCAGACUGCCAGGCGGGUAAGCACAACAGGGGGCACGUGAACAACAAGUGGAUGCGAAUGCCUUUCCUUUCUUCAGUCGUGAUUCCUGGCGAAGAUGGCGAUGAGAUCUUCUAUUCGAGUUGUGAGGCAAAUGCGCUGCUGCCCAUCGUCGACAACCCCGACCUGGGCAACUUCGGCCAGUGCUUCUAUGAAGAUAUCGCCCAGGAAGACCUCAAGGAGCAACAGGAGUAUGCGCUGAACAAUGAGGACUCGGAUACUUUCGGCAAUGUCACUGCGACCAGCGGCAACCAGUCCAUUAUCUGUGGCGAGCCGAGCGGCGUCACUGGCACAAACAUCACCGAUCUGGGCACUGCGGCACUGGGAAGGUAGGAACUGCUCAAUGAGUAUGGCACCGUAAUUUCGUGCUCCUGUCUGUCAGUUGCCCGUCGGACAAGCCCAUCUGUGCCCGCACGAGCGACUCACGGUUCUGCUACUGCAUCGAGGAGGAAGUGGGUUUGUUCGGUGACGUGGCCAGCUUCUCGCGCGGCGAUGUCAGCCUCGUGCUGGGCGUCGCCAGCGGCCAGCCAUCGUCUCUGUGUUUCCCGGCCGAGCUGGAUCCGUGCUUCAAUGCAGUCAACCGCUUCGCCGUGCCCUUCGACUGUGCGGGCAGCCUGCCCGUCGUCGAGAGAAGGGAAGACAUUGGGCCCGAUCCACGACAGCAGAGGCUGCUGCCGAAUGACCCGCCCACCGACCCACAAGAGGCGACGUUCGCCCAGCUGGUGCCCGGCACUUAUCUCUUCGAAGACGUGCGCUCGGGUGCCUAUCUGCCGACCAUUGACAACGUGGGCACUGGCAAUGUGCCGAGCUGCAUGAGGAUUCAGGGCAAGAAGAACGACAGCAAUGGGCUUGAUGAUUUUUUCCUCGACCUGUCAUGCAACACGACAGAGGGCGUCAGUGUCACCCUCCAGUUCACCUGCCCCGAGACCGGCCUCUGCUCCAAUCGAGCCGGCAACGCCCUCCAGCCUGCAGUUGCCACCAUCCAGGGCGUGCUGCAGGUCGAGCAGGCCAGCAAUCCGGCAUGCGAGGGAAUCGAGGCGCAGAUCGAGGUCGCCCUGACGGGCUUCGUGGACGAGUCGGAGUCUCUCAUUGCCCAACAAUUCGAGUACAACCAGACUCAGCGGAUUCUGAUCUUCGGCAACGAGGAGCAGGACGACCUCGUCACUGCACGCUUGAUCGGCAUUCUCUCGCCCGCGGCCAACACGAGUCUCGGCCUCCUGACGUUCCCCGAUGACGUGCCUGACGAAUGUGAUGCCCUGCUCAACCAGCGAGUGUUCACAGUGACGUCGGGCCAGACCGAGGCGGGCGGCAUUAUCGGGCUGGCUGCCUCAGGUUUUGGGCGAGACGUGGAGAGCGGCAAUACCAUCCGCAAGGUGCAGGCUUGGGCCAGUGGCUCACUCUCUCCCCGUCCAGCAAUGACGAAUGCCCGUGUCUCUCUCUGUGUGUUCUUAGAGGCCGUUGGAGUUGAAUGAGGAUGCCAAAGCCAAUCGAACAGCGUUCUUGGACUGCAGCAAUUUCUGCGUGCGGGCGGAGCAAAGCAGAGAUGACGAUGAGGCGGUCGGAAACAGAGACACAGAGGACAGCGAACUCGUCUUUCUCGGGAAGGACCUGGGCCGUGCGCUGCUUGGAGAAGUCCUGCCGACCAUUUUCUUUCCCAUCUACGAGCCCGGAAAGUCACCAGACCUGUCGUUCAGCAGCUUCUUUCUUGGGGACUCUUUCUUUGCGAGCACGACCCUCGAUACCACAGUGUGCUCCGGCGACGAUCGAUUUGAUGGGUUGCCACUCCCGGCGUUAGCUCUCUGCACUAAGGCCCUACCAGAGGCGCCUCGAUCCUUUGAGCUCUUCGAUACGGAGACAGGCACCCAGCUUGACUUCAUCAUCAAGGUACACCAUUUCACACAACACCCGUACAUCUGUCCGUCUCUGUGCUGCCCCUGUGUGAAGGGCCAGCUGGGAAAGCUGAUCGAUGGGAGACAAGGUACAUGAACCAGGCAGUCAGACAGCACACGGCCAUCAGUGCCUGUCUUGUUGCUGAUGUGUCUCGAAGUGUUGACUAAUUGCCGUGGGCAAAGGCUGCAAGACCUCCCUGUCGGUGUGGACCCUGGAGGAGGGUCACCCUUUCUCUUUAAUCAGAUCUCCGGCCGGGGUAUUGGCGAGACUGUGGGUAUCGCCCUCGCACCCGACGCUGGAGACCUCGGAGGCAAUACGUGCGUCACAACCAGACAAAGAGGGGACAAAAGAAGGCUGCAUAGUUGUAUGGGGAUAAUGGAGGACAGGGAGCAGAGCGUGAACGUUUCCAUCCUGCUGCGGCCAGGAAACGGCAGUGAGACGGCGGGGUGUUCUGGUGGAGGGGGAAGAAAUCUUACAGAUCAAAUAAUGGAGGAGGCAGACAUAUGCUUCAUCGGAUACACCUGUUGUAAGGCUUUCAUGAACCCUCGCUCUUAACUAUUUUCGUUUUUUGAUGUUUGCUUCCCUUCUCUUUAUUUCAGUUGAGGCAUGUCCUCAGGUCAACUUGACGACCACACCCCCUACAGCCCAGCCGUCGAGCUAUCUUCUGACGGACCGCCUGAGCGAGACGACCAAUGGCGCAAAUGUCAGCUACUGCCUGGAGCUGAUCGAUGAGGACUUCCGAGCCCUUUUCACUUGCGACCCGGACGAGGAAGACCCAGACGAGGAAGGGGUUGGUUUGCAAGUGCGGAUCAGAUACGACGUUGCGGAGCUAGACGGACGCGUUGUCAACAUCAUAGACAACACGACAGGGGAGCUGGCGACCGUGGACGUUGCGAAUGUGGACUUUAAGGGCGCAGUGAGGCAGGUCUUGCCCGAAGAGUGCAAUGGCACGUUGAUGUUUGUUGAAGGUGCGCACACACAUAUACACGGCAGACAGAGCGACAGAAAGAAAGAAAGAUAGACAGACAGACAGACAGACGGACGGACGUCGAGAGAGACCGAGAGAUGCUCAGCCACUCGGAGACUUGGGAUAUUCGGUUCAUGCAGGCACUCUUGUUGGCGGCCUUGUUUUUCAACUGAGCCCUGACGAAGAGCCCCUUAAUGGCAAGUACCUCCCCACCGUCACACGCUUUCCAGCGGUCCCUGAGAUAUUGUGGACGAGCACCGCGUCACCGGGAGAAAUGGAGUAUGUAAUGGUUCAAGGCCUGUAUCCCAGCUCCGAGGACAUCCCGAAGGAGUGCUUCGAUCUGACGCAGAAGCUCACGUACAGGAAGAGAGCCUUCGUUCUCGAAGACGGCAACCCCAAGCCACGAACAUCGAUUCCUCUUGUGGAGGUUGCUGAAUCGGAGGCUGAGAGCGAUAAGAUGGACGUCGACACUUUUGGGUGGUUCCGUGUGUACGAGGAGCAAUCAGAAGGAGGAAGGGAGCAAAGGAACUUUAGAUCAAGGAUUGAGGGGACUCUGUGGGAAGUGUGUGGAAUCCAGAAAAUAGGUGCAUCAUACAUGGAUCUCUCGACACGUGUACCCGCUUGUGCUUGCAGUGCCUUCUGAUUCAGACUCUACUGCUGUCCAAAUCCAAUGCCUCCCUCGCGAGCCCUUCAAGGUGACCGCCGACGCACCAGGCAUCGAGCUCACCCAAAAGCAACUCAAGUAACACAAUUGGAGAGAGGAUUCCACAUGAAGUUUAUCGUGUCUGUGUGCUUGUCUUCUUUCUUCAAGUUCUACUGCCGAAGUUGUGACCAACGAUGGCACCACGCUGAAGCUUGAAUCGCCGGUCGAUUUCCUCACCUGUUCAUGUAACGACCGCGAGCGCAUUAAGAAUGAGACCAAUGGCGGCGAUGGGUUCAUUGUGCGGACCGUUCCGUUGUUUGUCGACAUCGACCCCAAGGUUGAGGGAGAAGAAGUGAAGCAGCUCUGCCCUGUUCUGAUCGAUUGUAGUACGCUGGAAGAAAGGACACAACCAUGAGGACACGGGUCGUCUUAUCCUUUUCUUCUCUUCUUCAGAGCCGCCGACUGAUGGGGAUGCAAGCUGCAAGCCGAGUGAGAUGGCGCUGAGACGUCUUACCGUCUCUCUUCUGAGGCCUCGGCCGUUACACAAGGCGAUACAACAGGGCAGCGGCGGGGCAGAGCAAAGAAGUCGAGGACGUGGAUAA